GUUGCAUCCUAAUGUGAGAAAUGAUUUUAAAUAAGAACUAAUUGGAAAUGCUCCCAAAUUCAGUUGUUUCAAGCAGGAAAAGAAGAGAAGAGAGACAGAGAGGAUGCAUACUGUCGAGUUCAAGACUGAUAUAAGAAGUUCAUCUUCAACUCAAGUUUCAGAGUACGCUCAAUCUUAUCUGCUUUGCCCUUCAAUUCGUCUUCCUGCGUAAGCUGAUGCAAGGAAAUUGAUUUCAAACUAAUAUUUGCAAAUGAUCAAAUGGCGGGUGUUUUUCCCUUUCUUCCUUUUUCUUUUUUGGGUACGGGGGUUUAUAGAAUUCCCCCUGAUAAUGGAAAGUCGAUAGUAGUUUCUUGAAUGAGCAAGUAGAUUGUAUUCUAUUAUGUGCGUUAUGAAUUUUUCUCACCUUAAUUCUUUGCGAACCUUUCUUUCCACACCUCUGAAACCUUUUACUCCCGCUACCCCUUUUCUCACUUCUACCAAAUUUAUCGUUAACACGUCGAUUAAGUAUAUAAGCAACCUACGAACCAAUGAUGUUUCUGGGUUUAUUCUUAAUAGCAGUAGCAACACUUCAUCCAUAUCCUACUCAAAGCUUUUAUUACAGUUUACUGCUUCCAAGGAUGUAAAUUCGGGCAUGGAAAUCCAUGCUCGUAUGAUCAGGUUGGGAUUGUGUAGAGAUAUAAGGCUAAGGAACCAAUUGAUAAACUUGUACUCAAAGUGUUGGUGUUUUCAAGUUGCCCGGAAACUUGUUAUGGCCAGUACUGAGCCAGAUUUAGUUUCUUGGUCUGCUUUGAUAUCUGGGUAUGCUCAGAAUGGGCGUAGUGAAGAAGCCCUUUUGACCUUUUAUGAAAUGUAUUUAUUGGGAGUGAAGGGCAAUGAGUUCACUUUCCCUAGUGUUUUAAAAGCAUGUUCUCUGACAAAGGACUUGGAACUGGGGAAGCAGAUUCAUGGGGUUGCCUUAGUGACAGGUUUUGAGUCUGAUGUGUUUGUUGCCAACACUUUGGUUGUCAUGUAUGCUAAAUGUGGGGAGUUUGGUGAUUCGAAGAAGCUAUUUGAGGCAAUUCCCGAACGAAAUGUUGUGUCGUGGAAUGCUUUGUUUUCUUGUUACGUGCAGAUUGAUUGCUUCGAAGAAGCAAUUAAUUUGUUUCAAGAAAUGAUUUCUAUUGGACUUGGUCCUAAUGAAUUUAGUCUCUCCACUGUAUUAAACGCUUGUGCUGGUUUGGAGGAUGAAGAUUAUGGAAUGAAAAUUCAUGGGUAUCUGAUAAAGCUAGGAUAUGAUUCUGAUCCAUUUUCUGCAAAUGCACUUCUUGACAUGUAUGCAAAAGCUGGGUGUCCUGAAGCUGCAAUAGCUGUAUUUUAUGAAAUCCCGAAACCCGAUAUUGUUUCAUGGAAUGCUGUAAUAGCUGGCUGUGUUCUUCAUGAGUAUAAUGAUUUAGCUCUUAAAUUGUUUGGAAAAAUGGGAAACUUUAGAGUGGCUCCUAACAUGUUUACUCUAUCAAGUGCUCUUAAAGCUUGUGCUGGGAUAGGGCUUAUAAAAUUAGGUAGGCAGUUGCACUCUGCCUUGAUGAAGAUGGAUAUGGAAUCAGAUUCAUUCGUGGGUGUUGGAUUGAUAGAUAUGUAUUCCAAGUGUGGUUUACUGCAAGAUGCAAGGAUGGUGUUUGAUUUAAUGCCUAAAAAGGACUUGAUUGCAUGGAAUUCAAUUAUUUCUAGUUACUCCAAUUGUGGGUAUGACAUAGAAGCUAUAUCGCUCUUCACAAUGAUGUAUAAAGAAGGUUUAGAAUUCAACCAGACCACAUUGUCAACAAUCCUCAAAUCUACAGCUGGUUCUCAGGCCAUUGGGUUCUGUGAACAAGUUCACGCAAUCUCAAUCAAAUCUGGUUAUCAAUACGAUGGUUAUGUUGCAAAUAGUCUCCUCGAUUCAUAUGGAAAAUGUUGUCUAUUAGAAGAUGCAGCAAAAGUUUUUGAAGUGUGUCCUGCUGAAGAUUUAGUGGCGUAUACAUCAAUGAUUACAGCAUAUUCCCAAUAUGGCCUGGGCGAGGAGGCUCUAAAGAUGUACUUGCAAAUGCAAGAUAGAGAUAUAAAGCCCGAUGCAUUCAUCUUCAGUUCUCUUUUCAAUGCGUGUGCAAAUUUGUCAGCAUAUGAGCAAGGAAAACAAAUCCAUGUCCAUGCCCUGAAAUGUGGGUUGCUAUCAGACGUUUUUGCUGGAAAUUCACUUGUUAAUAUGUAUGCCAAAUGUGGAAGUAUAGAUGAUGCUAGCUGCAUUUUCAAUGAGAUACCUUGGAGGGGAAUUGUAUCUUGGUCCGCGAUGAUCGGUGGACUUGCUCAACAUGGCCAUGGGAGAAAAGCCCUCCAACUGUUCUAUCAGAUGCUCAAAGAUGGUAUUCCUCCAAAUCACAUAACCUUGGUCAGCGUCCUUUCUGCAUGCAAUCAUGCUGGUUUGGUAACUGAGGCUCGUAGAUUUUUUGGAUUAAUGGAAGAAUGGUUUGGAAUUAUACGGACGCAAGAGCAUUAUGCUUGCAUGGUUGAUAUCUUGGGUCGAGUUGGGAGAUUGGAUGAGGCAAUGGUGCUUGUAAAAGAGAUGCCAUUUCAAGCCAGAGCUGCUGUUUGGGGGGCACUGCUAGGUGCUGCAAGGAUUCAUAAAAAUAUUGAGCUUGGUAGACAAGCUGCUGAGAUGCUGUUAACUCUUGAACCUGAAAAAUCAGGAACCCAUGUGCUCCUAGCAAACAUUUAUGCGUCCACAGGAAUGUGGGAUAACGUUGCAAAGGUAAGAAGAUUGAUGAAAGACAGCUUAGUGAAGAAGGAGCCAGGGAUGAGUUGGAUUGAGGUGAAAGAUAAGGUGCACACCUUUAUUGUUGGAGAUAGAAGCCACCCUAGAAGUAAAGAAAUAUAUGUAAAACUUGACGAUUUGUGGGAACGUCUGAGUAGAGUGGGCUAUGUUCCUGUGAUUGAGACUGAUCUACAUGAUGUGGAACAAAUUGAAAAAGAACAACUUCUAUGGCAACACAGUGAGAAACUCGCUGUGGCUUUCGGGUUAAUUGCAACUCCACCAGGGGCUCCCAUUCGGGUUAAGAAGAAUCUGAGAGUAUGUAUUGACUGUCAUACUGCAUUCAAAUUCAUAAGCAAAGUCGUUGCACGUGAGAUUAUUGUUAGAGACAUAAAUAGAUUCCACCAAUUCAGAGAUGGUUCUUGCUCUUGUGGUGAUUAUUGGUAACUUUUUUCUAUUAUUUAUAUAACACAUUUACACUUCAUACAUUUUUGUGGUACGAUUUAUAGGAAACAGUUUCAGGCAUUUCCGGAGCAUGUCAUUAUUAGGAAACAACUUAUUUGUUUUUCAUUCUUUUAGAUCAAAUAUAAAUUUUAAUGAGAGAAAUUUGCUACCUA